AUGGUGUCUAAUGCCACCACCCUUGAGACACUUGAUAUAGCAAUCAGCAACAUAGAAGGCCCAAUAUCAAAUGUUGAGUGGGGUAAACUCUGUAAUCUGCAGGAUUUGUAUCUAACACAGAAUAAACUCAACGGAGACAUAAGCAGAGUAGUGGAAGGGUUGUCUAACUGCAGCAACACAACCCUAGAGUUCUUAGGCCUUGCUGGAAACCGGUUGACAGGGCAGUUUCCAAAUUCAUUAGGACAUUUGAAGAACUUAAGGAUUCUUGGUAUAUCUUUUAACCAGAUAUCUGGCACGAUUCCCACAUCUAUUGAGCAACUGUCAAGGUUGGAAAUUUUGGACUUGGGACAAAGCCAACUGAAGGGAGCCUUACCUGAAAGCAUAUUUAAUCUCACUGAAUUAACUCAGUUAUUCCUUGCAACAAAUGAUUGGGAAGGCAAUCUUUCACAAAAUGACUUUGCAAGACUCUAUCAACUGAAGUUUUUAGCGAUAUCAUGUGGAGAAAGGUUUUCUGUCAACUUGAGCAGUGAAUGGAUUCCUCCAUUUAGCCUCACAUAUAUCGAGAUAAGGAAAUGUGCUUUCGGCUCCAAGUUACCGACAUGGCUGAAAACUCAAAAGCAGCUUCAUACUAAUAUUCUCUCCAACGGCUCCGUUUCAGAUUCUAUACCUCCUUGGCUUUGGACAAUGUGCUCACAAUUGCAGUUUCCAGAUCUAUCAGAUAAUGAGAUUGGUGGAAAUCUUCCAAGGUUAGUAAAUUUUCCGUCAUCCCAAAUCUGGACAGCAGACUUCUAUUCUAGUUACAGUGAUGGUGUUGUGGUGGACUUAAGUUCCAAUAGCUUCCAUGGUUUGUUACCUCUUUGGCCAAAUGUAACACAUUUGAAUCUUGCAAACAACCUGUUUUCAGGAUUAAGUCCCAUAAACAUUGGUCAUGUGAUGACAAAACUCCAAGUUUUAGAUCUUUCUGGAAAUACAUUUACAGGAUCUAUACCAUAUUCAAUAACAAGAGUGAAGCAGCUAAUGAGAUUGGACCUCUCAGACAAUCAUUUUUCUGGAAAGAUACCUGACUGGUGGGCUGAUUUAUUGAGUCGCAAUAACCUCUUUGGAGAACUUCCAAAAUCAUUAAGCAAUUGCAAAAGCUUGCUUACUCUUGACAUCGGAGAGAACAAAAUCAGUGGCACCAUACCCGAGUGGUUCGGAGAAAGUCUAUUAUCCUUGCAAAAGCUUAGCAUGACAGAAAACAUGAUUGGUGGACACAUUCCACCAACACUUUGCCAACUUUUUGGCCUUCAAAUUCUUGAUCUUUCCCAUAAUAAUUUGACAGGAAGAAUUCCAGAGGACAUAGGGAGCAUGCAGCAAUUGGAGACACUAGACCUUUCAUCUAACCAUCUCUCUGGUUCUAUCCCAUUGAGCAUGACUUCAAUCACUACACUAAGCUAUCUUAACUUGUCAUAUAAUAACCUUGGUGGCCCUAUCCCAUCAAAAAAACAAUUUGGAACCUUCACUAAUCCUUCAAGUUUUGAAUGUAAUCCAAAACUCUGUGGGAAACCAUUGAUUACAGAUUGCUCUCCACCAAGAAAAAGAGAUCUCAAGAAAAUUGAAGAAGAAGAAGAUGAUGAUGAAAGGCUGUGGUUUUAA